CAUAUGAUUCUAGCCUAGUCAGGUGCUCUGUUACUUUACAUUCUGCUCGAUCGCAGUCAAUCAGUACUUAUCUGACUCGCCCAGUUGUGUUUGACUAAAACUAUCAUGACACAAUUUUGUAAUGUUUUCUGUUUCGUUUUUAUCUUAAACGUUGCAUUUCAAAUUUUACCUUCACGCGCUGAUAAUGCAGUACCUGUAUUGCUAUGGGGUGAGUCAGUUAAUUCUGAUUUAACAAGUGCAGUGAACCCCUUUUUAAAGACUACCAGCGAAGAAUUUGGUCUUUAUCUGCGUAAAAAAUUAGAAAAUUCACCUCCAGUUCUUCUUUAUAUAAAAGAUAAUCUGUGUAUUGAAGAUUUAGUAAAAUACAAACAGCAUCUUCAGGAAGUUAUUAAUGGUGAUUCUUUACGUUAUUUUCCUGCUGUUGAGAAAGCAGUAAAUACUGUUGAAGACUUACCUUUAUACAACCAAACUUAUAAUGAUUAUGUGGAUUCUGUAUCUGAUGGACAAUUACUGAUUAUGCCAAUUAGUAAUUUGGAUGUUAUCCCAGAUACAUACAAGACAAUAAAGGAUUCUAGCCCUAAUUUGAUAGCUAUGCUCACAGGGAAAGCCUGUAGUUAUAGACGUUCUGAACGAGUAAAAAGGGACAUUGAUGCAGACAAUACCACUACAUCUUUUGUCAUUUCAGGAGCAAGAGUGUUAUUAUAUGCUAAUCGAUCAUUAUCAUUGCAGCCUGAUAAAGACGAAGCUGUAAUAAAUCUUCCACUUAAGCCUACAAUUACUGAAGAGUCGGAUCCAAAAACAUAUAAUUUAACUAUGACAUUUACAGGAUCUGGUGCUAUCAUAAAAAAUGAACUUGUUUUUAUAUUUAAAGUUAGAACUGCAGGAUAUUAUACACUCAAAAAAAUUAAUUACUCACAUUAUAGUAAUGUAAAUUCUACUGGCAAUCCACAAAUUUUAACAACAGAUACAGAUAUUGUUUUUCCAUUUAAUUUCUCUUAUCAUUGUUCACAAAUUAUUACAUUCAAAAACGGCGAUACAGCCUUAAAUAUAACAGGUUUACAAGUGCAACUUGAUCCACAACCGGACAAAAAGACUAAUGGCACAAAAAUAUUUGCAUUUAAUGAUGCAUAUGAUUGUGUAGGUUUUACUACAAUUCCAAUUUGGACAGGAAUAUUUGUUACCGCAAUAUUAGCUUUAAUUAUGAUUUGGGCUCUUACUAUGAUUAUGGAUAUUCGUACAAUGGAUAGAUUUGAUGACCCUAAAGGAAAAACAAUUACUAUUUCAGCUCAGGAAUAAUAUAAUAAUAUUAAAUUAUUAAAGAUAUUAUGUACAUACAUACCAUAGUAUCCCGUAAUCUAAUCAAUUGUCAAAUAGAUUUUCAGUGUUAUGUUGGUAAUUUGUACAUGUAGAAUGUAUGUACAUUAAAAUUUAUUAAUGCUGUUAAUGCUAUCAAUUUUUCAUUUAACAAUUAUAACAUUGAUACAAUAACAUUUUGCUAUUAGAUAAUAGUGAAUUUAAUCAUUCCAUUUACCUAAUAUCAUACUGCUUUCAGUAUUUAUAUAUUUUUUGUGUAUUAUAGUAUUUCUUUCUGUAGUAUUUGCAAUAUAUAAUUUCUAAGAAAA